CGCGAUUACGUGAGAUUCUAGUGUUAUAUCGUUAAACCAUAUUAAUAACGGUUAGGUGAUUCGACGGUGACGUAUUUUCCACGCUGGUAGGCGUUUUUACACUUACUAAUUGAACAGACGGUCACCUAAGUAGUCGAUUUCAUUUCAACUUCGACGGCCGAAGCACAAGGAAGAUAAUUUCAGCAGAGCUCAAAUUUUUACAACCACAAAAUGGAGAAAAAUCAACUGAUGGGAAGUGGAUUACCACCACCAACUGCUCCACCCUCAUAUGACGAAGCUGUCGCCAAUACCGCUGCAGGACCUCGCCUUUAUCCUCCACCUUCUUCCGCUCCGUACCCAACAGCUGACACAGCGAUGCCAUUGCCUGGAUCUUACAAUCCACCGCCAGCAGCAAUGCCAAUGCCAAUGCCAAUGCCAGAGACACACAGUCAACCGCAAUCAUUCCAGCCACGACCUGCCGCUCCAUAUCCUCAACAACAAAACACAGCUCCACAGUCUUAUGUGACACCUGCUCAGAUACAAGUUGUUCAACGAACAGUUACUUAUGCAGUUGGACCAAACCCAAUAAAAAUGUUGUGUCCUAAUUGUCGGGCAGAUAUAAAAACAACUACGGUAUCGGAACAUCAAACGAACGCUCACAUCUGUUGCAUAAUUUUAUGUUUACUUGGGUGUUGCUUGUGUUCAUGUUUGCCGUAUUGCAGUAAUGCAUUUGUCAAUAUUCACCAUUCGUGUCCCAACUGUAAGGCUUACAUCGGCACAUAUAAGGCUUAAAUUUCGUGAUUGUCACAAUAGUUAAGUUUAACCUUGGAGUAGUGGAAUAAUUAUUCUACAGUUACAGAUCGAGGUGAAACCUUGGCCGUUUUUGACUAGGAAGAACAUGUACUGUUCUUUAUAUAUUUAUAUAUAUAUAUAUAGAUGUUAAACAUUCAAUCAUAGACGUAGAAAUUUUCUUUUAUAUAAAUUCUAUUAGAGAUAGAUGGAACGUAUAAUUUUGUAAUCCCAAUUAUUUCUACAAUUGCUUAUCCUUUCGAUGAAUGUUUGUAGAAUUCUUGAAAAACGUUCAAUUGAUGCAAAACGCAUUCCGUUGAUUCUGAAACAAUCUCGCUUCAUUGCCAUUGGGAAUAUUCAGAGGUUGAUUGAGCUGAUCUGAGCUUUUCUUGUAUACGUAAAUCCUUGCCGAUAAGAAUUGAUAGUCAAAAGAAAAGAUUGUUAUUGACACCUCAUUUGCCCUAUAUUCACUAUUGUUACUGGACAUUAGGUUUCUUGAUUUAGUCGUACCGAAAAUAGUUUGGUGAUUCAUUGUAUGGGAACACAGAAUUCUUGCAUUCUGGUUGCCCAUUACAUUUUACUAUGCGCAUAAAAUCAAACUCACACGGUGAAACUACUACUAGUUUCAUUUUUGAUAAUUCUUUCUUUUUUGCGUAUGUACAAAAGUAUUGAGUAUUUGAAGAACACUGCAUUUUCGUCGAAUCCGAAGAAUACAAGCGUAAGCAAACAUAAAGAAAAUGACCAGUGAAAAUGCACCGCUUUUACUUUACUCUGCUGGUUUAUAAGUUUUGUGCUAGAUACUUGAUCGUUAAACAUUUACAGGAGUCUUGGAAAUUGAGUGAAUAGUAAAUACUAUAUCUGUAUCAGGAUGUUGGUUGAUAAUACAGUGUUUGUUGACGUACUUGCAAAUUGUUGCGCCACACGUGAUUCGUUAUGCGAAUAUCUAAUUACAAAAAAAGUGUGUCUUUUAGCAACUUCUAUUCAGCUCACAGAAAUAUUUCCACCUCUCAUAUCAACGAGGCGGAUAAAAAUGUGAAAAUCACAUGUGUGUUUAGUUGAAUGUUAAAAGGGCUGUGAGAAAUUGAAUGUUUGGAGAGGAUGUGGCCUGUGUACCCUGCUGUUAUUUUUCAAAGAAACAUGUAUUAAACAUAAGUUUUAUAUUUUUAUAUUAAGCCUUUUUGAUUGUUCGUAUUCAAAGAUUUUGACAAAAAAUAUUUCGACGUAUUAAAUUGGAUACGAAUAUCUAAACUGCUUGCAAUUAGGAAGUAAGUGCGUAUGUAUAUAUAAUUUGAAGAGGAAGUAAAAAAAAACUACCAAUUUGGUCCGGGUUUAAUUUUUAUUAAACAACAGGCCAUUCUAUCUAUGUUAUCAUCAGUUUUCCAUUCAUUUUCGACUUCAUUGAUCAGCUGUGAAGUUUUUAUUUUUCUACUUCAAACGAGAUAUGUAUAACUAAGUGUUCAAUGCUAGUUAUAAGUCUGCAUUCAUAGGUAAAAAUUUACUUUGUUAAGA